AUUACGCAUUUUAAUGUUUUCUCUUUCCUUUCCAUAAUGUGUGAGGCAGGAGGCUGCGCCAAGCUCCGCAGCUGAUUCUUUGGUCAGUCUACCAGUCCAGACCGUCUAUACUCGCGUAUCUUUUCUGUUCCGUUUUGAGAAAUUCGUCUCUCGUACGCGUGUGUGUGAUUAGUGUAUGUACUUACCUACUCGAGACUUUGGUUUUUUAUAAUUUUUUUUGUCGACUAAUUUUUGCUUAGAUAUUUUUUGAUUUUUUUUUGUGUGCGCGAAUCAUUUUACUCUCGAAUUGGCGCCCAAUUUUGACGCGCAUUUUAACUUCAAAUUCGAUGUAUUAUCAUGUGUAAUUCAUCACGUAAAAUAUCGACGACGCUGAUAUCGACAUCGACGUCGCCGACUACUGUACCUUUCAUCAAGUUUGCAUUGUUUACGUCGCAGGUACUUUUCUUCUGCGCGUUAUGUAUACACAGUUCGACAGCUGAUGCAUCACCACCACCUCCAGGACUACAUCACCAUCGAAGAGAUGAGAGACCACCGGUACCAAAAUACAAAUACGGCUACACGGUCCGAGGCGCAGAAGGAGGCCAGCAUGGUCACCAAUUCUACAGAGAUGGUUCCUAUACUCAAGGAAAAUACUUCGUUAAGCUGAAUGGUGGAACAGGACAGAAUGUCGAGUACUACACCGAUCAGUUUGGAUACCAUCCAAAGGUGAUUUACAUGAAUCACAACCCAACUGGCAGUAGCGGAGCCAGGAUAUCCUAUGGAAGAGCUGCGAUACCGUUUGAGACAUCAUUUGGCCCAAACAACGCAUCAACAGAGGCACCAAUCAAAUCUGAAAAUCACUCAUCGACAGUAACCCAGCAAAAUUCCACAUCUUACGAAACAAUAGGGUCAUCUACCGACUCAUCACAACUCAACACUGCCACCACAUUUCCUUCCUCUUCAUACAGUACCACAGAAUCAGAUCUAUACAGAGUGAAAUCAAUUUCAUCUUCAACAUCAACUCCAGUCACCCCAAAUGAAGGCAGAUCUUCAACUUUUGAGUACGCCAGCACAUCCCCAACAUACCCAAAUGAAGACAUAGUUCGAGACAAUGUCUACAACCAGCCCCAAACCAUCGAUACAAUCGCUCCUAUCUUACUAGCGCAACAACCAUCUUCAGAUGACACUUAUUUACAACCAGAGAUCAAUGAGAUUUCCAAUGGCUUCAUUGGAAAUAUUGUUUCCAUGUUACCUACCAUAAUUGCCACCAGAAGUAAACUACUCAAACCAAUCAUCGUGUCUAAUUCAAGUAACACCAAACGUGAAAUCACUCCUAGUGAAAAUUCCACAAAAGAAAUAGAUGGCAAAACAGAUCUAGCCACAGAUUCAACUCAAUCUGAAGAAUACCACGAAGUACCAGAAGAACAAGUGAUCUCAGCAGGUGGUGAUAAUGAUACUUUGGAUGAAACUCACCCAAAAUAUCUGGCUAGUUCGCCUACAGAAGUUGAUAUAAAGAAACCUCAUGUGGAUGUGGUGAUUGAACCACAAAUGCUCGAAGAACAGGCUGUCAUUACUACCACAGUUGAUAUAGCUAAAUCGUUACCAUUGGCUGUGAAUUUUAUACCAGAGAAUGACAAUCGUCUGAAUGAUGUUCCUUUGAAUUUUAUACCUACACCUUCUCAGUUUGUCUUACCACAAAAUAAUGUCUAUCUGCAGCAACCUGUUGAACAACCAGUGGUUGCACUGCAACUUCCACAAGCUGUCCUUAAACCUGAUAAUAUCCCACAACCGUACCUUUUACCAAAUUCAGAAUUCCAUUACAUUCCAAUCCCAGUCUUACAACAUCAACCUAAUGUUAUACCUUUGAAUUAUGUGAAUGACAACAGGACCUCUCCAGAUACCGCCGAGUCUGUCCACAUAGAAGGUAUUAGACCAUCACAGGAAUACCAACAACCCCAAGAAACUGCCCCAAAAACCGAUUACUCUUUUGUAAAAUCCAUCGAAGACCAUUUGCCCAAUCAGUACAAUGUUAAACCAUAUGAUCUACCGCGUAAAUUAUACAACAAACCAUCCCACCACCUACAACAAUUCGAUCAAAGACGCCAGGUACUGCCCUACACAACAAUAAAUCUACCAGCAGCCCAACUAGUCCCAUAUGUGAAACACAAUUUCAUCCAGCAAUCUCCAGGAUACUAUUCACCUCACCAACAAAAACUCCCACCACCAAGUGCUUCACCUAAAAGCCACACUAUUCCUUAUAAUUUGGCGAAAUCUUACCCUAAAGAAAAACGAACCCCACAGCAAAAAGCCCCAUUUAAACCUAGCCAUCCUGUAUGGGACUCAGUUUACCCUCCAUCCCAUAUGUAUUAUGUGCCAUUGGUUGUUGUAGACCGCGUGCCUGGGGAACGCAACCCUAAAGACUCGUUUUCCAGAAGGCAUCAUCAUUUGAGGAGAUUAUAUGUUGAAUAUGGUGGCUUUAAACCGCCUCUUAUACCUUCUACUUUGAUUGAAACUGAAGAACCGGCGCAAGAAAAACGUGAUAUUCCUAAAGAAGCCGGUACCGAGUCGUGAAUAACGAUUCGAUGACGGAGAGAGAAAAAAACUUUCAUUUUUAUAUAUUAUUUUGUAGUAAAAUCUCGUACAUUUAGUAUGUACCUUUGUUGUAAUUGUAUUUACUUGUAGAAUUAGGACUGUAAUGUUGACCUGCCCGUACCCCUAUUUCAACAAAAAAUUUCACCACCAUAUUAAGUUCAAUAUUUUGUACAGGAAAUACAUAGAAAGUAAAUUUUUAGAUUCAAUUUCACAUGAUUGAAAAAAAUUGUCCAAUGCAUUGGAAAUGACCUUCAAGAUAAAAAUGAAAUUUUCAAGUUACCACCUAUUUCAUCAAUCUGUCUAAAGUACAGGGUGCCCAGAAAUAUCGAGCACCCCUAAGAAAGUUUUUCAUUAAAAAUAUAGGUUGGCAACGUGAAAUAGAUGCAUAUGAUUGGUGGAAUGUUAUCUCUCCAGUCCAACAACCAAUCAUGUGCUAUCAUUAUUAUCAUUCACUGUGACCAACCAAAGUAUUUUAGUAGAAAACUUUCUUAGGGGUGCUUGAUAUUUCUGGGUACCCUGUAUAGAGUACCUACCAGCUGAAUUCAGGAAUAAAAUCCUAAUAUAAAAAGUUUUUUAAAAAAUUCUUUCUUGGAUUUAAUCAUCUGCCUACUAGAAUUAGGGUAGUUCCCUCAAUUGAAAUUUGUGUCUCAAUGUUUUCAAAAAGUUGACAAAAGAAAAACUAAAAAGAAAACAUGUAGGUAAAAAAACGAUUGAAUGGGACCUUUGCAAAAAAAAACCUUUUAAGAUCAGGUCUUAACAGAUCCAAUCAUAUCAAUACGUAACAUCACCCAAGCAUUUUUUUGUAAAUUUUUUAAAUACAUACAUAGUAGGUCACCUUGUAUUGGAAUUAAUGAAGUUGUCUGCAAAUAAUUUUCUGAAACUAAAAAAUCACUUUUCCAAAAAUUUUGGCAUGUCGAGUUUCUUUUUUAAAUUCAAGGAAACCAUCCUAUAAUACCCCCUCCCCCAAUCACAUUUUCCUCAAUUAUUAAAAUUCACAAGAAAUGCAUUUUUUUCUUAUACCUAUAAGUGAGUUCUAAAGCCUUCCAAGCAAAGAACAGCAUUGUUGUUCUACAGAAACUGUACUGUAAAAAAAUAUUAGGUGUGUUUUGUAAGCAAUUGUUUUCAUCAAUUUUUUUGAAAAAAAAAAAAUACCAGGAAUAGCAUUGAUUUUGGAAUCAACUAUUGAAAAUUGUAUUCUGACUAGAAUCAGGAUCCAGUCAACAAUGGGUGGGUCGGGUUUUAACUUCAUUUGAAAAUCUCAGCAAAAAAAUGAUGACCAAAUUACUUCAACAAGGCAUAGAGAAAAUUUCAAAUUUUCAGUUCAAUUCUAAUUCUCCACUUUGGAGCGAGUGUGCAUGGUUUAAAUAUUUUUCAUUUGUUUGAAAAAUUAAUUUCAAUUUUUUCUGGCUCAGGUGAUCUUUCAACUACAUACAAAAAAACCUAGUUUUGAGAACUCCUGAACUUGGUAAAAAUGAACUUUGAACAUUUCCAUUGGUUUAAACGAGAUGAUGGAAGAGCUAAAGACAUCAAGAGAUCACUUGAACCAAAAACAUUGAGAAAUUUAAACUUUGAGCUCUUACAGAAGAAGUUAUUAACAUUGACUUAAAAAUUUGAAAUUUUUUCUACUCAGCUUCAACAGGGUUCCCUCGUUGAUUCAAAUGUUUUUAUCAACACUUUCGAUUGAUUUGAAGACAACUUUUCAAAAACACUUUUCUGAAUUGAAGAACUACAUAUUUGUUUUCCCCUCUCCGUUAUUUAAAAAUAGGCUUUGUAUCCAGAUUUGAUCAAAUUUUGAUUCUUUCAUGGUAAACCGGACGAAUAAAAAUUGUAAAAAUUUCAUCAGAAAUUGAAACCAACUCGGAAAUUUUUUUAAUGGAGUUUCCUUGAAGAUUUUACUUUCUAGCAGCGAUGCGAAAAUUACGUGAUGAUGAUAUCUAAGUUAUCACCACAUAUACCUACCUAUAGGUAUGUUACUUUCAGAAACGAUAAUGAGAAUGACUAUAUGAUAAUUCAUUUAUAUCAACUUUUUCAGUAGUAAGCACUCUUUCCUUUUUCAAUUCACUUUCCAUAAAUUAGAUAAUUAUUAUCUAAGAUCACUAGGUACAUGUAUCUUUACACACAAAUACAUAGCAAAGAUUAGCAGAGAACAUUUGGCUGCAAAAAUUGAACGAUUCGUGUUGAUUUGCGGUUAUUUUAAAUUGCACAUCGAGCAGGGAUAUCUACUAAACCCUAUCAAAGUUCACUUGCAAAAGUUUUCAACUUUUUUUUUUGUAAACAACCCUGUGAUAUCUGAAAAUUUGAAAAAAUGUACUUAAAAAUUCUGCUCGAGGAAAAUGAUUGGAUCCAAUCAGACCUGAACAGACCUAAUCACCGAUCAAAAUUUUGAUGUGAUUUGAUGUGCUCUGAUCAGAUUUGGUCAGGUCAAAAUUGAAUUCAUGGAAUAUCUGGACCUGAUCAGUAGGGUGGUUAAAAGAACAAUAGAAAAAACUUUAUGUUUUAAUUUUUUGAGCUUACCCUCUAGAAGUGUUCCAUUUGGUUAGAAAACACUUCACAAAAAAUUUCAGGGCAAAAAAAUAAUAUUUAGAGGUCGCGCACGAGAGUUGAAGAUUGAGAAGGUAUGAGCGCGUCGAGCGAAAACUUCCCACGGUUGCGCGCUGGGAAAUGCAGCGUUACGUUCCCUCGUUGGAUCGAAGUAGUAUUAAACAACGUUAUCUCCUCUACAAUGUCUAUGAUAAGUAAAGCUAGUCAUUUGUGGGCUUUUUUAGAUGUUAUUAAUGAAGAUUCAAUGGCAAUUUUUCAAAUCCGAAGCUAAUUAAAGGAGGAAAUACAAAAGAUUUCAAAAGUACAGAAAAAAGUAUGAAUUUAACCCUUUGGCAACCUAUUACGUUUUUUUCGAAUUUUUAAUUUUUUUUUCAAGAAAACAAUUGCUAGUACUCUCCUAAACGCAUUUGAGCUGUCGGAGAAUUUUUUACUCCUCUCCUUGGAGCUCCACUGGCCACCCGAAAUUUGAAAAAUUCGGGAUGACGUAUGUCCCACUGGUAUUUUAUGAAUUGUUAGUGGGACGUAUACGUCCCACUGGUUGUGAAAUAAAACUUGAAAAAUUACGCCAUCUAUCGGGAUAUUUGUAAACUAGGAUGAACUAAAGUAGGUAUGAUUCUGGUCUGGCAGUGGAAAUGCUCUACCAGUGGGACCAAAUUACAUUGCCUUAACGCUUACAAGCUGGAACUGCGGGAUUUUUUGUUAUGGUCACUGGGAUCUAUAUGUCCCGGUGGUUGCGAAAGGGUUAAGGUUGUAUUACUACCUAUUCUAUUCUACUUGGUAAUCAAAGGGAAAAAAUGUACAUAUAGGAUAAAUUUAAGUUCAAAUACGAAUAUUUAAUAAGAUUCAGCACUUCAAGUUGAUGUUUUAUUGACUAUUAAUAAUUUUAAAGCUGUUACUUUUGAAAAGUGGAAUUUUUCAAUUUCUAAAUUCCAAAUUCAGGUCCAAAUGAAUUCUACAGCCAAAAAAUCAUAAUCAAUACUUUCGAAUGGUUGUUUUAAAAAUCAAAAAAAAAUAUAUUAUCACUUAAUAAGUUGUGGUGGGGAUGUAGCUCUUAGUAUAGUUGCACCGAAUCAACCCCGUCAAGCUUCGUUGCGUUUCCCGCGGCGCCGUCGUGGGAAGUAUUAUGCUUGCGAGCCCUCGUUGCUCUCAAAAUUCAACGCUUGUGCGCGACCUCUAAAUAUUAAUAUUUUUCAACAAAAAUUUUUUGGUGUCUUUUUUUCAUCAAAAGGAACAAAAUUAGGGGGUAAGACCUCGAGAUUUCAAAAAAAAUGUUACAUGAACCACCCUACUGAUCAGACCUAAUGAUCUCACCAUAGGUAUCUCAAAUCUGGUCAGAUCAAACUGUUCAGAUUAAAUCUGGGCACACUUGAUCAGAUCCAAUACAGACACCUGAUCGAAUUUCAUCAUAUUUGAAUAGAUACAUAUGAUCAGACCUCAUUGAUAAGAUCAGAUCGCUUCAUUGACCAAAUAUAAUCAGAUCAGUUUCGAUCAGAUCAUAUCUUCUCGGACCUGACCAGAUCCAAUAAUUUUCUCCUGGGUACUCAAAACAAAAAUCGUAUGUUUAUUAUUUCGGCUAUGACGCUAAAUUCAAAUUUUAGACAAUUCAAAAUUCGAGUUAUUGGCGUCCCUUCUCAUAUGCAUCAGUCUCAGAGAACGCAGCAGACAUUUUAAUAUAUACCAUAUACGACCAAAGCUCAAAUUUAAGCAUUUUUUUUCAAAUUUGAAGUCCUUGGCGUCCAUCACCAUCUUUCAUUCUUUCAAAACCCAUCUAUAAAGCAUUAAUGUGCCUUCUCUUUAAUCUACACAUGCAGAACGAUGUGGAAAAAAAAUCAACCGCAACGCUACCGAGUAUUAAAUAUCACAUCAUACGCUUGUGUACCUCCCUUCGGCCUUCUUCCUGUCAUCUUGCUCAUCUUGCACGAUGCUUUUCCUCCUUUCCACGAGUGUGAUGCUGGUACAGGUAGACCAAAGGUAUUAUUAUAGCAUCUCGUUAACGGUAAAUUACAUCAGGUACAUAUGUGUUAAAUGCGAUUACGCUUUUUGAAUCCAUCCGCUAUAUUAAUGUUUAAUUACUUCAUAACGACCAGAUUAAAAAACCCACACGUAUACCUAUAUGUACUUACAAUCGAACUGUCUACUACAAUUUUCACACAGCAUAGAAGAAAUUUUCUUUUAUGUGCGAAUAAUAACGCUACAAAUUAUUGUCGUCGUCUCAUCAUAAUCAUCAUCAUCAUCAUCAAUGUGGCUGUCAUCACAUUCCACAUCCACAAUCGAAUCAUUUUUUUUUUUUUCAUUAGGAAAUCUCUUUUAAUAGAUAAAUAUUCGUUUAUGAAACCGAGCUAAUUGAUUAGAAAAACAACUCGAUGAAUUAUAAGGCCCUGAGAUACUGUACCUACCGUUGUAAUUAGACUUUUGAAUUUUACUUUCAUUUUUCUAUUAUAAAUUGUUAUUUUUUUUCUUAGGCCUGCAUCUCUCGCAAUAAUUGUAUAAUUAUUAUAAAGUGUAAUAUAUUUAUGGUGUUAUUUAUAUGUUAUCGUACUGGUAGGUAGUAUUAUGUACGAGUGUGUGUGUAAUUCUUUAUAAUACCAUAGUUUUAUUUUUAAUUUGUAUACUCUGUCGUGUAAUUUUUAUGUAGUAUUAUGCAUUUACAUGUUACUAUAGUUGGAUUUAUUGUACUUAUCUAAGUUGAUCCAGACGAAAAAAAAAAACAAAUAAAUUUUCAAUUUCUUUUUUUUAA